CGGAGACAGCAGAGGGCUACUACUACCAUUGCAGUGAGAGCAGCUGUGAUCUCACUUCUUGUUCUAAACAAUACGGCUACAACACGAAACUAACGCUUAUUAUUAAAACAAUAACUGCUACACAGAGCAGCUUACCACUACCACUACCACCACCACCACCACAUCAAGCACUACCACCACUACAAGCACUACCACCACUACAAGCUACACCACUACCACCACCACCACCACCACACCAACAAAACACAUCACACCACCAUAUAUAUACUUAUAUACAUAUUUGUACAUACAUGUACACAUUCAUUACACGCAUUUCCACUCACGUAUACGCACACACCAUCACACUAUACGCAAUUAAUUGUAUUAUUUAAUAACACAUAAUUAUACAUCAAUAUAUAUAUAAAUAUACACACAUACACACGUAGAAUUAAAUAUAAAUACACGCACACACGUACACACACAUAUAUAUAUGUACAUGCAAACAUACAUAUACAUUUCUAUGUAGUUCUAUCUAUCUAUCUGUGUGUAUAUAUAUACAUAUAUACAUAUAUAUAUAUAUAUAUAUGUAUACAUAUAUAUAUACCUAUAUACCAAUACAUAUAUUUCCACUGUGAGAAACAUCGAGUGUGUUGUGUGAACAGACAGCAUUCGAGCUUAAAGGAUGGCUGAAAGAAAGUUGAUUUUACCCUGCUGGGGACUGUUUUUAGCUUGUUUCUUCCUUGGUUAUGUUCGAACGGCAGUUUUGGUGGAUAAAUCUAGUUCCAUUUCAUCAGCAUUAGCCGACGAUUUGCGCUUGUUGAAAAACGACUCCGAACAGUUCAGCUUUACGAAAUUUCAACCACCUGAAAUGACAUCGGGCAGAGACCGGUCCAAAAAAAUAGCUGACGAUUUCCCCUUCUUGAAAAACGACACCGAAGUGGUAAACUUCCCGACUACCCAACCGCCUGUACAGACAACGGCCAGAGUCCAUUCCAACACUAAAGCUGACGAUUUACCCUUCUUGAAAAAUGAUACCGAACUGGUCAACUUCACGAUUCCUCAACCGCCUGAACAGACAACGGUCAGAGUCCAUUCCAGUACUUCAGCCAACGGUAUACCGGUCUUGAAGAAUGACACCAUAAUCUUCAAUUUCACGAUUCCUCAACCGCCUGAACAGACAACGGUCAGAGUCCAUUCCAGCACUACAGAUGACAAAGGAAGUUCAAGUGCAAGCGAAGACUUCAUAGACCUUGAUGCCCCGCCCAGUCAUGUACUACACGAAGUUGGUGAAGGGACGAAAGAGUCAGAAAUUGGUGACUCUCAUGACUCCGUACCGAUCUCUCGACCCAAAACAAAUGUCGAACUUGAUUCCGACGAAGCUGAAGACGUCAUCCAUUCAGGCUCCGGCGACGAUUUGGAACCAGGACUCAACAAUGAAAACAAAAAUGAUAAACAUAACAUCAGUGGGGAUUCGAUGAAAAAUAACGAAACUAGUACUACAAGCACAGUUGCCUAUCCGAGCAGUACUCAAGCUAAUUACAACCCAUCGACGAGUACCACAUCUACCCAAAUAACCUACACAAGUACUCCACCAGUCACCCUCAGGCCUAUUUCUCGUGCACCACCAGUUUUGAGAGCCGUGAAUGACACAACCAAGCCAGCCACGCACACCCCGACUAUGAAGACUUUGGAAUCUUCUGUCGAUGAUAACGAUGAAGAAUUAUCAGGAUCUGGUUCGGGUUCUGGAGAGAACCAGUGCAAUGCAUAUAACUGCAAGUAUGGUGGAGUUUGUGAUCAUGACUCAGAAGACUUCCAAUGCAACUGUGAUUUCGACUGCAAGAAAGAAAAUGAGGAUCCGAAGGAACAAAAAAGCCACGAUUCAACCGUAUGCGGAUCCGAUGGAAUCCUUUACACAAACCCUUGUGUGAUGAAACGAACUUCUUGCCUUCAGCAGAAACUCAUUGAAUUAAAACCAAAGCAUUUCUGUGUAAAAGCGAAACAAGAAUUACCCAAGAAGAACUGCAAUGUACACGAAUCUUCAGCUAAGUGGGGUCCCUGGUCACCCUGGAUUCAAUCUGGCGAUAAAGACUUCCGUUUCCGGUCUUGCAACGUUACUAUCGCUACAGGAAAGAAUGCCACGAAUAUCACCUGUGUCGGAGAACGCAUCCAGUUUAACAGUUGUCCAGUCACAGAAAAGAAGAUCUGUCAUUCGACUAAUGGUGAAGAAAAGACUUCCUUCGUUUAUGAAUGUAAUGGACACGAUCCGAUGGACAUCGAUAUUAAAUAUCCUCAAAUGUUUGCCAAAAUUGGUGACGAUGAAUGUUUAUAUUCACUUUACCAAAUGGAUAGCGGAGAAUAUAAAUUUGUUGACUGGUCUUAUGAAAGACUUCAACACGAAGGCAAGUUACAUCAAUGGUGUACCGGUCCUCUGAAAACUGGUGACGACUAUCGAUUGAAGCAAUACAAACGACGAGACAACAAUAUGGUGGCCGUCUUCACGCCAUUGCAUAGCUGCAAGCAGAAACUGGAGAAAUUUUGCCGAGAUUCGAUGCCACCUUGUAAAUACGUGGCCAGAGACGCAAAAGGAAUCACUAACGAUAAACUCCACGUUGAAUGUUUGAAAGAGUUUACUCUUGGCGGCAGCAUUCCAUCAGGAAUAAGAAACCAAAAUGGUGGCCUUACUUUCUUGUGUCAGAAAUUCUCGUCUAAUACUUUGUUUGGAGAUCUUUUCAAGAGAAAAACUGCCCAUUUUGCCUCACUAUAUGACAGUUUCAGACGUGUUCCAACAUUCUCUAUGAGCAAACUUACAGCUAUUGAUAAUAAGGGAUGGCCACGAACUCCGUAUCUAAUUGAAAGAGCUUUGAUCGAUAAACAAGCACGUGCAUCCUGGUUUUACAUUGUUCAAUAUCGUAAGAAAGGUCUGGCAGCUCUGAGUGAACUCGAAGAUGAAAUUCAGAACGAUCAAUGCGCCGUUGGCAAGUACCAGCCCCAACCGAGUGACUAUGAUUUCACCACCACCUAUCGUAUUGGUCAUCUUCUACCUCCACAGUUGGCCGGUCACCAAAUAGAUACGAAGAUUGCAGCAUUCGCUUUAACGAACACAGUCCCAAUGCAUAUGGACUUCUAUAAAGAAUGGAAAAAAGCAGCAAAAAUGAUAAUUAAAUAUGCCGUGGAUGUAUGUGGUGUUCCUCAAAUAGAUGCAGAAAAAACAGUGACUGAGAGUACAGAACCAACGCAGUCAUCAACAACUCCAUUUACCACUAUUGCUACACCUAUGGCCACCAAAUCAACCAACUCGGCCAACACCAGGAAUAUUGGCACUUCCGGUUCGCUACCCUCAAUGAUGGCAGAUUCAUCAGCGACUGAAGAGAAAGCUCAGAAGCCUCAACUAUAUCUUGUUGCUGGUGCCGUUCCUUCGGUGGAUCCAGAAGUAACCAUUGGCAAUGGAGUUAACGUGCCAGACCUGAUUUGGCUUGGAGGCUGUUGCGUCCGGGGUAACGAGACCAAAGGCUUUGCUGUCUACGGACAAAAUGCUGCCGGAAGAUUGGUCGGAGCGACAUCCCUUCCUCAGCUUGAAAUACUCUUGUCACAAGAGUAUACGAAACACACUUCGAGAGCACAUGCAUUCAAAAUAAAAAUCUUUCCUGCAUACCAAGGCCAGUGUAGUAAGGCACCAAAUGAUGACUCACUUAAAAUAGCACUUUGAUUUUCUACAUCUUAACACCCCUAGAAGUGCAAAAUAUUCAAAUAUUUUAUUGCAAAUUUUUUAAAGCUUAUUCUUUACUGUUUUUCUUUUAUUUUUGCGGAAAAAAUCUUGCAACUUUUUUUAUUAUAAUUAUAAUUAUUAUUAAUAUUAUCACUAAUUGUUAUACUUAUUAUCAUUACUAUAACUGUUAUUCUUUUUUUAUUAAUUUCUUAAAUAAAAGAUAAAUAAGUAAAUCUUUUGAAUAUUAAUAAGAAAAAAAUGAAUUAAAUCAAAUCAUUAUAAUCAAAAUUAAUUAAUAAAAGUUUUUUUUCUUUAACUAUUAAUCCUUUUUUUUUUAAAUAACUAAUUGUAUUGCGAUGUAAUAGCAGCUAUGAAAACAUAUAGAGUUGUUUUUUUUUCAUUUAAUUGCCAAUCUGUAAGAGGAAAUACAGUUCUAGUAAAGAAAUCCCUGAGAGAACAAGAGCAUCAAAAGAUGUGAACAAUUGGUAAUACCAAAUCAAAUAAAACUAAAUUAAAACAUAAAAAUCAUUUUAUAUAGAA